AUGCCGGCGAGGAACGCGUUUGUAACGGCUGCCUUUGCUCUCCUGACGAUCCUUACUGUGGCCUUUUCCCAGUCCCUUCAGGUUCUCACCACUAGCAGCUUGGAGCAUGCACUGGGUGAUAACAGCCUAAGAAAGGUCAUCUACAAGAGAAGCAGCCAGAAGCUGGAUCUCAAGCAGUUGGACACUGUGCGUCCUUUGCGUCGCACAAAAAGGAGAUGGGUUAUUACCACCCUGGAACUUGAGGAAGAAGACAAAGGGCCAUUCCCAAAACCUAUUGGAGAGCUCUUCAAUGAUGUAGCACAGGAUGUGACUGUGAAAUAUAUCAUUAGUGGACCAGGUGUGGAUGAAUUUCCAGAGUUUGGAUUGUUUUCUAUUGAAGAUGAUGCGGAGGGACAUGUAUAUGUCCAUCGUACCAUUGAUCGAGAGACCACCCCAUCUUUCACGAUACGUUUUGAUGUUGCAGACAGAAACACUGGAGAAAUAGUGGAUAGAUCUCUUCUGUUCAAUGUUGCAAUUAAAGAUGUAAAUGAUAAUGCACCUGAGUUUCCUCAAAAGGAAUUUAACAUCACGAUGAAAGAAAAUCACAAGAGAGAUGAACUUGUUUUCAACAUCACUGCCUUUGAUAAAGAUGAGGAAGGCACUGAAAAUUCUCAAGUGACGUAUUCUCUGGUUUCACAGACACCUCAUUCAAAACAGUCUCUCUUUACUGUUGAUUCUUCCACUGGGCUGAUACGUAGUACAGGGUGCUUAGAUUAUGAGACUACUAAAGCAUUCCAGCUUCUUAUCAAGGCUACAGACCAUGGAAACCCACAAUUGUCAUCAACAGCAACAAUUAAUAUUGCUGUGGAGGAUGGCAACAACCACCUGCCUACAUUUAUCCAGGAAAAGUAUCAGCUGGAUUUUCCAGAAGGCAAAGCAGAACAUGAUAUCCUACGUCUCAGUGUGGAAGAUAAAGAUGCUCCCAGCACACCUGCUGGGAGAGCGAAGUAUAAGAUAGUGAGUGGAAAUGAAAGAGGAAACUUCAUCAUUGAAACAGAUCCAAAUAGCAAUGAAGGGGUGCUAAGCAUUGUAAAGCCUUUGAUCCAUGAUGGUACCUCUGAAAGGAAACUUGUAAUUUCAGUGGAGAAUGAAGAGCCCCCCUUCCUAUGUGAAAGAGGUUUGGUGAGGAAUGUUCCUUCUCCAAUAUACUCCAAAGCAUCUGUGGACAUUAAUGUAAUUGACAGAAAUGAUGCCCCACAGUUUAAUCCUUCUAUCCUUGUUCUUCGACAAGAGGAAGGAGUCAAGUCUGGAACUAGAAUUGGCCAAUACAUGGCAAAAGAUCCAGAUGCUACACCCAAUGUAAUAAGAUACAGAAUAGCUUCUGACCCAGAUGGCUGGGUGACUAUUGAUGAAAACUCUGGGGUUGUGAUGACAGCUAAAACACUUGAUAGAGAAUCACCUCACUUGAACAACAGCAUCUACACCAUUAAGAUUCAUGCCAUUGAUGACGGUCUUCCACCCCAAACUGGUACUGGUACCAUCCAACUUUACCUGUCUGACCUUAAUGACAAUGCUCCAAUGCUAGUUACACCAUCUUUGGUGGUCUGUGAAGGAAAAGAAAAAGACCCUUUACAUAUAAAGGCAGAGGACAAAGAUUCCCAUCCAUAUGCAGGCCCCUUUACCUUCCAGCUAGUGGAGACUGUGGAUAAUAUGGGAAACUCAUGGAAACUGGGAGAAAGUUUUGAUGAUUCAGUUGAGCUCUUUAUGAUAAAGAGCCUUCCAUCUGGCAAUUAUUCAGUGCCUUUCCAUAUUUCGGACAAGCAAGGGUUUUUCAAGGAGCAGACCCUGCAUGUCACUGUCUGUGCCUGCCAGGAUGGGAAGACAUGUGAGCAGAUGAGUGAACGGGCCUCUGUAUCAGUGGGUCUUGGAGGGGGAGCAGUUGGAGCAAUCUUAGCUGCAUUCCUCUUACUGAUAUUGGCCAUGGGUCUCCUGCUGUGGUGUCCCAGAACUGAGAAAGGCCAGCCAUUCAUCCCUCAUGAAGGAGGCAACCAGUCUCUGAUCCAAUACAACGAAGAGAGUCAGCAAGUUUUGUCUCAGGACACGCCUGAUGCGGGGAUUCUUGCAACAUCACUUCCAGAGUAUGCACAAAUUUCAAAAGAAAAAUCACAGACUGCUAAGGAAGCAACUGGAGUGACUCCCUCACAUUCACAGACAUCCAGUCAAGUGCACUAUGAACAAAGCUUGUUUGAUGCGCCUGGAACGUUCCAAGCAAAGACUACAGAGAAAAGUGGAAGAAUAGUGCCACCCCUAACCAUCCAAGAAGAUUUCCAACCUAGUCCGGCUUGGGUUCAGCAGGCAACCAGGUUUCCUCAAAGCAACACGAUACAUUGGGAGAAGCCAUCUGAUAGAAUUUUAGAGGCAGUAGGCAGAAUCUUAAAUCAGAAAAUGGAUUACAUCUGCAACCUAGAGGACAACAUUGGCUCUUACUCACCCCGUGUCUAUGCACAAGAGGGACAGUUGGAAAAACCUGAAUCUGUUUGGUCCCUACCUGUGGCACAUGAUUUUGACGAUAACAGCUUACCUCCUGAUUUCUUUGAUUCAUUGGGACCCAGGUUUGCCACCCUGGGAAGAAUCUGCAGCAAAUGAUUGACUGUGUUCCUCGCAUUUGGGCAGCCAGGAUGCUUCCGGAUUCAUUUGAACAUGAAAAUGCAUGCACACACAGCCUGCUGAGGAAGAUGGUAGAGGGAAUACCUAUUGUUUCCUUUUGUGGAGGCAUUAAUUGACUUUUGAAGAACAGAGCAGUUCAGGGCCUCUAGUCUUCUAGUCCCAUGUUAUAUUUCUUCUUGAGCUUUCCAACUACUUGUCAGCCCGUGGGAAAAAUGAUCUCCUUUCCCUUUUUUCUUGAAUUAACUUUGGUUGUUUGGAGAAUAAGAAAGAAGCAAGUCUAUUCUCUUAUUGGUUCUUUCCACCACCCAUUGUAGCCAUGUUGCCACAGUAUUUCUGUUAUCUCUAAGUAAAAGUACAAUACUUUUUUUAUUAACAUACAUGGGGAAAAUGAGGGCUAAUGCAGUCAUUUGUAGUAUUGAAAGAAAGGACUCGUGCAGGGGGCAUAAGUGUGUGAUGAGUUGCUAACUAGCAACUUGUCCAGGAGCUUGUUAGGGAGGAGAUAGCAAGGGCAAUAAUCGCAUCAAUUACAGUUCUGUAGCUGAGGAAGUUAAAUGAAGUCACUUGGGGGGCUGUAGGCAGGACUGUGGGCCACACCAGGUAACACCCUGCUCCCCAAACAUCUGCCCUUUUGGAAGAAACAGGCUCUGGUGUUUGCUUGCAUCUCUUUAAAACACUGAUGGUGUGACUGAGGCAAGGCUCAGUGGGAGGAGA